UUUGUUGUUGGGUCCAGCCCACUGGUGCCGAGCUCGGAAGCUACUCCGGAGGCGCUGCUCAAGUUGUGGCUUCUCGUCCUUUCAUCAAUCCAUUGUACCCGCCGACGAGCGCCUUACAUCCUUUUGCCGUUCUACACGGAGAAGUUUAAGAAGGCUUUUUACCUUAGCAACCUCAGGUGAGAGAAACAUCCGGUGUAUUUGGAGUCCGUGGGUUCUGAGAGGAGAUAGAUAGAUAGAGGGGAAGAGCAGUGGUGGGGAACUGGAAAGCCGAGCCCCAAUCCUCUUCUGAUUAGAGAGAGAGAGAGCAGUGGUGGUGAACUCUGGAAAGCCUAGCCCCAAUCCUCUUCUGAUAGAGAGAGAGAGAGAGAGAGCAGUGGUGGGGAACUGGAAAGCCGAGCCCCAAUCCUCUUCUGAUAGAGAGAGAGAGAGAGAAACCCAGCCCCAGCCUUGAUCCUCUGCUUUGAUUUGUGGGGCAGCGUUCAUUCCCCCCUACGGAGCAGCUUUCCUCCUCUUCCAUCCAUAUCAAGACCUUCCCUCAACCUCAUACUUGUUGAGAAAGAAGAAGGAAUAAUGAGCGGCGCGAACGACGGUGGAGGAGGAGGAGGCGGUGGAGAUGGUUCAUCCGAGGAGCAGCAGAAGCGGUCGGAAAUCUACACGUACGAGGCACCCUGGCACAUCUUCGCCAUGAAUUGGAGCGUGCGCAGGGACAAGAAAUACCGGUUGGCCAUCGCCAGCAUGCUCGAGCAAUACGCCAAUCGCGUGGAGAUCGUGCAGCUGGACGACUCGACGGGCGACAUCAGAUCCGACCCCAGAUUGGCCUUCGACCAUCCCUACCCGGCAACCAAGGUUAUGUUCAUUCCGGACAAGGAAUGUGCGCGGCCGGACCUUCUGGCCACGUCCGGCGACUCGCUCCGCGUCUGGCAGGUCCGAGACGACCGGGUCGAUCUCAAGAGCUUCCUCAACAGCAACAAGAACAGCGAGUUUUGCGGGCCUCUGACGUCCUUCGACUGGAACGAGGCGGAGCCGAGGCGCGUGGGCACCUCCAGCAUCGACACCACCUGCACCAUCUGGGACAUCGACAAGGAGGCAGUCGAUACGCAACUCAUUGCUCACGACAAGGAGGUAUACGACAUCGCCUGGGGCGGCGUCGGCGUCUUCGCCUCCGUCUCCGCCGACGGCUCCGUCCGUGUCUUCGACUUGCGAGACAAGGAACACUCUACCAUCAUCUACGAGAGCUCGGAGCCCGACACUCCGCUGGUGCGGCUGGGUUGGAACAAGCAGGAUCCCAGGUACAUGGCUACCAUCAUCAUGGACAGCCCCAAGGUGGUGGUGCUGGAUAUCAGGUACCCCACUCUCCCCGUCGUAGAACUGCAGCGCCACCAGGCCAGCGUCAAUGCCAUCGCCUGGGCUCCCCACAGCUCAUGCCACAUCUGCACCGCCGGGGACGACUCGCAGGCCCUCAUCUGGGACCUCUCGUCGAUGGGCCAACCCGUCGAGGGCGGUCUGGACCCCAUCCUCGCCUACACUGCCGGUGCGGAGAUUGAGCAGCUGCAGUGGUCUUCCUCCCAGCCUGACUGGGUUGCCAUCGCCUUUUCCACAAAGCUACAGAUCCUGAGGGUUUAAGAGCGUAUUUCGCUGGCUGUACUAGUUCUUUUCCCAACCGUAACCGCUCCUUUUCUUUUGCGUAUCCAUCCCCUUCGUUGGCCCAAAAUUUCCUCUUGAACAUAGCGUGGAAGAAGGUUGAUUUGUUUUCUGGAACUAGGUGAAACAUAACAUAGUGGUUGCUGAUACUGGGUUUAAUAUGGUUCUUCCUGUCUAAUCUCUAUUUCUUUGGUUUUUCAA